AGGAUCAUAACAAAACAUUUUUUACUAUAUUUUCUAGUCCAAUGAUUUAUUAGAUCGUUGUAUAUACUUGGAGUCACCUGUUGAAAAAAAUGUAAGGUGAAUUAAUAACUUUAGAACGCAGAAUAUACAGAGCUGUUCAUUAUUAUUGCAGGUCUCAGCUGAUGAGACUAAACAUCGAUUUUAAUAGCCAAGGUAUUAAGAAAACAAAAAAGCCCUGUAAAGUAGCAAAGCGACAACUAAAACUCCAUCCAGCAUUACAAGUAAAUAAUCUGUGGGAAUUAGGCUAACGUUUGCAAACAGUUGACGUGAAGAGUUGACAUUCAUGAUUUUGUGAAGAAUUUGUAUUGAUUAGAACGAUCAGAGCAACAUCCAUUCAACUUUUGAGAUUAGAAAUGCAAAUUUUACUAUGGGAAAAUGUCUUCCAGUCCAGAACAUGAAAACAAAGUUCGACGUAGGAUAAUGGUUCCACGAAUCAGCCAUGAAAGCUCGAGUGGCAUUGCCAGUGAAAAAGAUUCCAAAACAGCCCCGUAUGAUUUAAAAUCUAGUCACUCAACUAAUAUGCCUGAGGAAAUUCCUCUAUCAGACUUUAGGAAUGGGAAUGAAAACCUGCAUUUAGAAGGUGCAGCCAAUAGUCUUCUGUUGGAUGAAGACUUGACUAGUGAUAUAAAAGCACCGUUGUUACCAUUGCAGGAAGAUGACCAUUCCCUUGAAGAUGAAAUUGAAAUAGAAGUAAAAACUUUAUCAGAGAGUGAUGAGAGUGCACUUAGUAUUUGUCUGCAAGUCUUCAUACCAUAUAUCAUUGCAGGGUUUGGCACGGUUGGUGCCGGUAUGGUGUUAGAUAUUGUCCAGCAUUGGAAUGUAUUCCAGCAAGUUCCUGAAGUAUUCAUUCUUGUACCAGCUUUGUUAGGUUUGAAAGGCAACCUUGAAAUGACCUUAGCAUCUCGGCUUUCUACACAGUCUAACUUAGGAAACAUGGAAACGAAGAAGGAGCAACUGAAAAUGAUUGGAGGUAACAUAGCCUUAACUCAGGCCCAAGCCAUUGUUGUUGGGUUUCUUGCCUCCUUGGUUGCUAUGAUUAUGGGAUGGAUACCUGAAGGUAAAUUUAACCCCUACCAUGCACUACUGCUGUGUGCUAGCAGCAUGCUAACUGCAUCUAUAGCUAGUUUUAUUUUAGGGUCUGUAAUGGCUGCUUUGAUAAUCUUAUCCAAAAAAUGUCACAUAAAUCCUGACAAUGUUGCCACUCCAAUAGCAGCCAGUCUAGGGGAUCUUACAACACUGUCUUUAUUGUCUACUAUUAGUCAUCUUCUUUAUCAUUCAAUUGAGAGUCAAAUUUGGCUUGGUCCGUUCAUUAUAAUACUUUUCAUCUUACUUACGCCAUUAUGGAUCUGGGUGUCUAGCAAAAACAAAUAUACAUGUGAAGUACUAUAUACAGGAUGGACACCAGUUAUAAGUGCUAUGGUUAUAAGUAGUAUUGGUGGUUUAAUAUUAGACUUCACUGUAUCUAACUACCAUGGUAUUGCUGUCUUUCAACCAGUCAUCAAUGGUGUUGGUGGCAACCUGGUAGCAGUCCAAGCUAGCCGUUUAUCUACAGGUUUACACAAAAUCAGUACCCCAGGACAUUUACCUUCACACUUACAUAGUGGAUGUCCAAACCCUAUUAAGAGUUUUUGUGGGUCUCAUGUUGACUCAAAGUCAUCCCGGGUGAUGCUGUUCCUUGUUAUCCCAGGUCAUCUGAUCUUCAUGUACACAAUAUCAUUUAUGAUGGCUGGCCACACAACCAUAACUUUCAUCUUUGCUUCCAUUUAUCUUACCACUGCUCUCCUUCAGGUUGCCUUACUGCUCUACAUUGCCAACUGGAUGGUCAUACAUAUGUGGAAGAAUGGAAAUGAUCCAGAUAACUUUGCUAUUCCUUACUUAACAGCCAUUGGAGAUUUAACAGGGACUGCAUUCUUGGCUGUUGCCUUCCACAUCCUUUAUCUGAUUGGUGACCGUGAUGCCGAUGUUGGUGAUUGAACAUUCACUUCCUUCUGUUUAUAUUUUAUUUUAUCUCCUGAUUAUAUUUUUUUUACUCUUUUCAAUGCUUGUUUCAUAUUUAUGUGUGCAUUUGUAAUGUAUGUGUGCAUAUAAUCACACAUAUAUUGCUAUCCAUUUCCAAAUGCACACAGACAUAUACACACAAUAUAUAUAUAUAUAUAUAUAUAUAUAUAUAUAUAUAUAUAUAUAUAUAUAUAUAUAUAUAUAUAUAUAUAUGUAUGUAUUAAUUGGUAAACAUUUGUAAAUAAUAUUAUUUUAAGUUAAAAAUAUAACAAACUCUAACACUUACAAAUAUAUACUAAUUAAUAUUGUUUAUAUAUAAAAACUUUUAGCUGUUAAUUUAUGUGUGUAUAUAUAUAUAUAUAUAUAUAUAUAUAUAUAUUUUCAAGACUUCAAGACCACUUGGCCGUUGAAACAUUGAUCUGACAAGGAUUUCUGUAAUGAAUGCGGAAAUAUAUUUUCCACUUGGUGGUGACUGAUUCUAUGUUGUAUAUAAAUAACAAAAGAGAAAAAGACAUGAUAUUUCAUAUUCAUGCUCUUUGCAUUUGUUUGUGCAUUAAUGCAUGUAACCAUUAUUUCAGAGUGUGGCUUGUUAUGAAUCUUUUCUGGCCAUUAUUAUGGUGUGUUAUCAACUUCUUGCAAAUUCUGUGGCUAACAAUUAUUUUUCAGGGAUUUUGUGAGAUAUUUUAUAUAACCAAGAUUAUACCACAAAAGUUGAAUUUUCUAAAUACUUCAGAGCUAAACAUCUGCUAAUUCUUUACAAAGUACAAAUACAUAAUACACACUGUAAAUUGUAUUAUCAGAAAAGGCCUUCCUACUGAAAUCAAAGUCUUCACUUUUAACUAACUACAUUAAUCUACAGAUGUGUGUGCACUAUGCCCUUCCUUCUGAUAUUGUAAAAGCUUCUGCAAGUUUACUAACUAAGCUCUAUUUUAUUUAAUGCAUAAAAUUUACUUCCUUUUUAUUUUUUUUACCACCCUUUUCAUAUCUCACAACGGGUAUUUCUUUCCUGUAAAACAGAAACCAAAGAGACUGGUUAGUAAGAUUUGUAUUAUCUAGAGAAACCAACAAAAGAAGUACAGUGAAGUUGCUGUAGGAAGUAGAAAAUCCAAUAGAGAAGUUGACAAGCGUGAAAUUAAAACAAGCGAGCAGAGUAUCUUUUUCUAACACAAAACUUUCCAUUUAGUACAUUAUUCCAAAUAGCACUUUGGGAUUGCCAUACAUACCUAAUUGGUAUCUUUUGAAUAUACACCAAGAACUAUGCUAAUAGCUUAGGAGUGAAAUUUAGGAUUUCUCAGUUUUCUGUGAAUUCAUCAUUAUUAUCAUCAUCGUUUAACGUUCACUUUCCAUGCUAGCAUAGGUUGGAUGAUUUGACUGAGGACUGGUGAAACCAGAUGGCUGCACCAGGCUCCAAUCUGAUUUGGCAGAGUUUCUACAGCUGGAUGUCCUUAGCUUUUCCCAGCUGGUUUGCACACUAUGGCAACACCAUUGUUAUGUUUUCAUUAUUCUGUGUAAUGUCUUUUCUUUUUUAUUUCAGAUUCUUCAGAAAAUGAAGGGUAAUGAUACAUAUUAAGCAUACAUUGAGUACAUAUUUAACAGAAAACCAUAAUAUUAUAACAUUUAUUCACAUAAUGAAUUAUUUAACCACAUGAGUGCCAUUUCGACAGAUAACUUCAAAAAUCCUAUUAGUCAUGGAUUUGUCAACUUCUUAAUAGUAGCAGGUUGGACUGCCUCUACUGCAGCUUUGAUGGUCACUCAUAAGACAUCUUUCAACAUAAAUUGGCGUCCAUUUGGCAUAAACAUCUUGUUUAAUGAUGGUCCAAACAUUUUCAAUAGGGUUUGAGAUCCGGAGAUGCUAGUGGCCACACCAUCGACCUUUCACCUUGUGUGCCGUCAGACCCUACGAAUGUUUGGGUGGUUCUAGCAGAGUGGGAGGGAGCAUUGUAAUGCAUAAAUAUGAGAUUCCUUAGAAGUGACAGCAGUAUGUCAUCUAGCCAGCGAUCCAAGACCUCCUUCAGGAGAUUGCAGUAGACGGCUACGAUUACUUUAGCCUCUUCAGGCACCUUGACUGGGCCAACAAGUCUGUCCCCAAUGAUACCAGCCCACAAUGUGAGUCCUCCACCCUGUUGUUGACGUCGUAAACAUUGGUGAUACUUAUCUCCAAAAUAGAACCAACCAUUUGCCCAGCUAUCAGAUUUGUCAAGGGUUACCCUGGUUUCGUCAGUGAACAGAACACAACUCACGUAUAACAUCAUGUACUUUUGCGCCCAUUGAAGCUUCAAACUCCCGUGAGGAGGCAGUUUCAAGGGUUCUUGCAUGGAAGCCAUGGUCCUGAAUAUGCAAUUUCUGGUGGUUUUCGGUACAUGAGGAAGUCCAGAGGCAGUGAAAAUGGCUUUGUUUGUUUGUCCAGGUUUCCCACAUGACUUGUGGCCUAAAAUCCCUAAAUUCCUUAAAUGCUUAGCUGACACAAUCAUGGAGGUCCCACAAUUGGAUCGUUUCUUCCUUGGCACUCAUGUGGCUAAAUAAUUCAUUAUGUCAAUAAAUGUUAUAAUAUUAUCAUGGUUUUCUGUUAAAUAUAUACUCAAUGUAUGUUUAAUAUGUAUCAUUACCCUUCAUUUUCUGAAAAAAAUGUCUAGAUGAGCUAUUUUCAUUCAAAAGCUAUUAAUGUGGUUCAUCUAAAAACUGAAGAAUCUGAAAUAGAAAAGAAAAGACGUUACACAGAAUAAUGAAAAAAUGACAAUGGUGUUGCCAUAGUAUGCAAACCAGCUGGGAAAAGUUUUAUCAAAAUCGAUUUAGAAUUACUCAGAAAACCGAGUAAUCCUAAAUUUCACUCCUGAGCUAUUAGUGUGGUUCUGGGUGCAUGUACUAACUGCACCAAAAUUAAUCAAUUUUACUGUGCUUGCCCCACUUCUGCCAUGGAGAACCCUCAUAUGCUAUCAGAUUUUAUCAGUAAAAAACCCUUCUUCCUUCUCCAUUCUUACAGAAUACAUGCACAGUUAUGUACACUUCUUGAAAUAUAUUGAUUAUUUGACAAGAGAAAAUAAUUAACCAAUGGUUCAUGUUAACUAAGGUAGAAAAAAUUUCUUGUUCAGCUAGUAUUUUCUUUUCCAUUUAGAAACCUUAUACCUUAUACAACAUGCACGUGUGCACACACACAUACACACACGAACUUAGCAGCACAAUUUCCUUCAUCAUUCCUUGUUAUGUUUAAAAAAUUGGAUUGCUCAUAGCUAGAGUGCCAUUCAUGAUAUGUCACUUUAGUAAGUGCUGACCUUUGGGUUAAACCAUACCUAUAUUGAGUGCUACACUCAAUAUGUUCUACAGCUCAUAAUGAAUGAAAGAUAUGAUGGGAAAAAUGGGCAGAGUGCCACAAUAUACUUGGUCUAUGAUUAUCUCCAUGGAUCUACUGAUUUGGAUCAUUUUACAGCAAUAGACAGAGGAGGCCAAGGCUAGCAAAUAGUUUAGUUUUUGUCUCCUCUGUCCUUGCCAUCUACCACUCAUUGUGUUAUUAUAUUUGUAUCUUCUUUAGACCACUGUCUAAUUGUUUCAACCUACACAAUGGGAAUCAAACCUGAUAACUUUUUAAAAUCUUAUGGAUUUAAUAGAACUGGUAACACAAGAAUCUUUGAAUUACUCAUUUAAACAGAGAGUAUCUUUCAUAUAAUUCUAUACUAUAUUUAUGUAUUUCUUUAUUUGUUGGUCAGUAACUUAACAGAUUUUAUAUUUCAUUGCCACCAAAUUUUCUACCAUAAUAUUUAAUUAAAUUAUAUAUUAAUGUUUAAUACAAUAUUUCUUAAGGUGGGGUAUGGAAACGUUUUGGUGGGGUGUAAGUAACAAAUGAAUAAAACUUGCAAUGGAGUUUUAAUUAAAACUUCUUUUGAAUAUAUAUCUAUGCUGUAAGUUGGCCAUUCAUAGUGAGGAGCAUGUUUUUUGGGGGUUUUUUUUGAAAAUUGAAGUGGGAUGUGUGACAAAAAAUAGUUAUAAACAUGGUCUAAAAUAAUUGAUAGUGAUGGAGAGAACAUCAAUUUAGUUAGGUCUGAGUUCAAACUGUGCCAGGAUCUGUAAGAAGAAUUAUAUUUGACUGUAUCGGUUCUCUAUAGAUCUGUGAUCAUGUGUCACUAUUUUAUACAUUGUAUUAUAUAUAUUAUUCUUUUAUUGUGUCAAUCAUUGGAAUGUAGCCAUGCUAAAACUCAGUCUUCAAAAGUAUCUUGUAGUUUAGUCUGCUGCUGUUUUACCCAUCUAUAUUCUCAAAUUCACCUGUUGGAUGUAAAAGAAAGUAACUUCAUUUCUGUAUCAACACACAGGUACACACACACACACACACACACACACACACACACACACACGAGGUAUUACACAGCUUCCAUUUACCAAAUUUGAAGGUAUUGGUCAACCUGAAGAAGUGGAGGAAACACUUGUCCAAGGUGCUAUGCAAUGGGAUCAAACUUUAAACCACAUUGCUGAGAGGCAGAUUUCUUUGAUGUAGUUCUGUACAAUUUGAGCAUCUGUAGGAAAACAUCUGUAUGAAAAAAAAAUGUGAGCUGGGAGAGAAGUUUUCACAUCUGAGGAAGAAUGACUUGGCCAAACCAGGAAGUGAAAAUCAGCAAAGAUGAGGAGAAAAACAAAAAGCGGUGGUGGAAUGGAGUAGAAGUGGUAUGCAAUUUACUAAUUCAGGAAAACAGUGGUGGUGUGUUAGCUGCAGAAUGACAAAGAGGAAAACAGAGCAACUGAACCAGUUGUUCUAAUUUGUUGGAGGAUUUAGUUUUCAUCAAUGAACUGGGUGGUUUUGAUAUGGUUUAGCAUGUGUGAUAUUGCCAUCCCAGAUAUGAAAAUAGAAUGUUAACAAUUGAUCAGUGCUCAAGUUUUAUCUAGUCAUAGAACUAAGUCUUAAUCUAUUGUACAAGCUAUUUUACUGCAUCACUGAAGAUUAAGGUGGUUAUCUACCAGAAGUGUGAAAGUUUUGGACUUACAACUUGAAGUAAUUGUUCUGGCUCUUUGUGUUCUGAGUUCGAAUCCAUCUGAAAUCAACUUUGGUUUCAUCCUUCCAGGGUUGAUAAAAUAAGGUGAAUUCUGCUUCCUUUUUCUCUCCCAGAAUUAAGCUAAUACUGCAGUGUGAGCAAGUCAUGGGGGACCACUUCCCUUCCUCUAAGAAAGGGAACAAGGUUGAGCUUGAGACUCAAAAAUCAUACAAAGAAACCUCAGAACUUGGCAGGCAUGGAUAAACCAAGGUGCUGUAGAGUACAGAAUAGUUCCCUUUCUUUACCAGAAGGGUUUUCUCUUGAUUACAGCUAAUUCUUUUUUUUUAAACAAAAGUCAGGUAAUUUGCCAUUUGAUGUACUACAGAAAAAUAAUAAUAGCAUGUAUUGUUCAUUACCCAAUCUACACAAUUGUUGAAUUAAUACUGGGCAUCUACACAGAUUUAUACAAUCUAGCUGGAGAGCAGAGCAUGCAUGGUUGUAGUUUAACUAAAGCAGAUUGAACCCCCACUACAUAAAAAUUGUGUUCCUAUGGUUGUCAAGCUCACAGAACAAAAUAUGUUGGUAUAAUGUCUCUUUAGAAAGAACUGAGUACUACAAGUUGAUUUGCAUAUCACAAUAACACAGUUUCCAUCAGUACCAUGGAGAUCACAAGGUUAAAAGAGAAAUACAGAAUGCUUUUAGCAGUAAUAUUUUUAAUUUCUUAGAACAGCCCUCAUGAAAAUGAUCAAUAGAGGUAACAGCUCAAAUUGAUUCCACACAAUGAUUUUGGUUUACUUUAUCAGUAUUUAUAGAUAUCCUAAUAAAUUGCCUUUUAUUCAUUUGACAUCUGAUAGAGAGAGAGAGAGAGAGAGAGAGAGAGAGAGAGAGAGAGAGAGAAAGAGAUCAGCAAUAACAUCUGGAGUUGUUUUUGCUAUUGUCUUUUUUAUUUAUUUUUAGAUGUUGCAACAAAUUUUUUUGUUAUUAAAAAAAAUCAGAAUAUUGACUUGCUUCCAUCAGGCAUAUUUGCAUAUUUGCAUAUUUGCAUUCCUAUGCUAUUUUAAAACAAUUUCCUGCUGUAUGUGUGGAGUGUAUAUGCUUGCAUGUAUUUAUUUAUUCUGUAUAUAUCACAUUUCAUUGGUUACAGGUGUUCAACAGGCCAGUCACUGGUUCACCAUGUUUAUGAUGGCAAAAGUGAUAAGGGGCUAUUUGUGCAACUUGAGUGAAACAAAUACCACACAUGUAUUUUAGUUUGAAAGCAUCGAGGUUAUCAGUUUACUGGCCAUUGUUUAUAUCUUUCACUAAUAUAUAUUGAACAAAAGACACUCAGACAAACACACACCUAUAUACAUUUAUGUAUGUGUGUGUGUGUGUGUGUGUGUGUGUGAGAAUGUGCAUUGGAGAAUGGGAAAAAGAUUAUGAAUGUAUAAUAGUUUUCAGUUGUUCAGUUACUUUGUUUUCAUGAGUAAAGCCUUCCUAACAAAGUAAAUAUUCUAUCAAAAUGUUUUAUGGCAUUCUACCAGGAAAUAUUUCAGGUAUGUUCUUUUCAGAUAAAUGAAGACAAGUAAAGUAAUCUGUUAAUGUAGGGUUAUGACAAUUUGCAAAUUGUUUGGAUUGAACAACAAAUAAUGAGCUGUCCAGCAUCUCAACCACUCAACCAUCAUAAAAGCAGUAACAUAUUUUUUUGAUAUUUGAAGAUAUUUGAAGAAAUAUUUCUUAAAUGAUCACAAAAAUUGAAAUUGAUUUUUUAGAGAAGGAAUCUAAAAUUGUGAGAUGUUCUUUUGCUAUUGACAAUGGAAACUAAACCAAUUUUGUGGACUCAGACUAUCAGUAGAAUUUACUUCUACUCUAAUUCAUUCAGCAUCUUCCUGUGAUUUUUAUUCCAAUUUCUAUAGCUUGAUAGUUUCGAUUAACUUGCUGCCUUUCUGAUCCUGCUUUAGCUUGUCUGCGUAACCUAGUUCUUCCUUAGCCUUCUUAAUGCUUUACUACCAUGUUAUGGCACUUUGUACCCAGCUUGCAUUUCUGAAACAUAUCAAGCUUUUUCUAGAUUGCUUAGCUUGACUUCUAAUUUCAGAUUCCAAGACCUGAUGCUAAAGUCAUUCCUAUUUAACCAUUACAUAUCCUCUACCUCACUUUCAAUAAAGAAUCACACUGACACAUUACGAAGUCUAAAUGCUGCUAGCACCACUAUACUGUAGAUACUGUGCUAUUUCUGGGCUUCAUUCUAAAUACUAGCCUUCUCUAUGGAUAUUGUCCUAUAACUGGGAUUUAUCACACCUAAUAUCACCUUUUAAAGUGGAGCAGUUGAAGAGAAACUGUAUUUUUUACAUACAACUGAAAUAAACAGUGUGAUUGUUCAG